AUGGAAAAGGAACAACUCCCUGAAUUAAAACAUAUUAAUGUCAAUGAUUUUAACAUAACAGAAAAGGUAAUAGGGAUUCCAGUUCAAACGAAUGAAGUGGCAAAAUAUAUGAAAAUGUUUAAGGGGUUGUGUUAUAAUAGAAUAAAGACAAAAUGUGUUAUACCAUAUAAUUCUGAAAGAAUGAUUUUAUUAGAAACACCAUUAAAAGAACAGUCACAAAAAUUAAUUCAAGACAACCAUUUAGAAACAAUUGAGGCAGAGGUUCCUUUAACAAUUAAAAAUUUUAAUGUUAAUGAAAUUAUGAAGAAGUAUAUAAAUAAAAGUAUUCAAUUACCUAGUUCAUUUGAAACUGUAGGAACAUUAGCACAUAUGAAUUUAAAAGAAGAACAAAUGGAAUUUAAAUAUAUUAUUGGAGAAGCAUUUCUUAUAAAGAAUUAUCCAAGGAUUCAAACAGUGAUAACGAAGACAGCAGAAAUUUCAAAUGAAUUUAGAACAUUUCCAUUAGAAGUUAUUGCAGGUAUUCCAAAUACAGAAGUUACCGUUAUUUGUCAUGGAGUAAAAUUUGUAUUAGACUUUGCACAAUGUUAUUGGAAUACACGACUUGAAACUGAACAUAUUAGAAUUAUUAAUCAAAUGAAACCAGGAGAAAUUUUAUGUGACGCUUUUGCUGGAGUUGGGCCAUUUGCUAUUCCAGCAGCGCUUAAAGGAGUUAAAGUAUAUGCAAAUGAUUUAAAUCCAACUGCAGUUAAAUACAUGAGAAUUAAUGCAGUAAAUAAUAAAACAACAAUAGAAUGUGAUAAUAUGGAUGCAAGGGAUUAUCUUAGAAAAAUUGUUAUUGAAAAACAUAUUCAACCAAAUUACAUUUUAAUGAAUCUUCCUGCAACAGCAAUAGAAUUUCUUGACUGUAUUCCUGAACUUUAUUUACAACAUUGUAUGAUUCAUUGCUAUGGGUUUUCUCCUCUUCCAAAUGCAGAAGAUUUAAAGAAAAGAGCUUUUGAAUUAUUAAAAGGAGAAUAUCCAAUUACAAUAAGAGAGGUACGUGAUGUCGCACCUAAAAAAAUUAUGUAUUGUCUUUCGAUAUUUAUUGAAUCAACAAAACAUUUAACUUCAGGUAAUAAUAUUCCUGAAGCUAAAAAAACAUUAAAUUAA